CAUUUCAACCAAGUGUACUCAAAUAAAGAAGUGUUUUUUGUGUUAAAAUCUUAAAAUAAUCCUAAAAAUGUCGUGUGGGGCAGAAUGUCUGUCCCUCGGGCCUCCGCCGGACUCUAUCGUGCACAUGCCGCCACCACCGUUACCAGCAUUUUUAGCUAAUAUCGCUAAUUUAACACCUCCUUGCAGGGCAGCCAAAUGUCCACCUGUCCAUAACACUGAGGACAACGCGUUGUUCCCUGGCGUCGAGUAUCAUGAGUUGCCUCGACAUGAACCAGCUGGUAAUGAUGACACAUGGUUUCUCGUGCUAAUCACUUGUUGCGUCGCUGUACUGUGUAUUGCUGCACUCUUGGCCUUGUUCUUGCUUAAAUGCAGAGAUUUUUCUAUCAGAGGCCGUGGCUGCAAAGCGGGUGCCACAAAAGCACCGACAUUAUAUGGCACAGCCCUGGACUCGCGAGUGUUAUGGGCAGCCCUCACUCCACGCGGGACUCGUCACUUUGUAGCUGACACCUAUCCCCAUGACGAAACAGAAGACCACCACUACGAAUGUGUUGAACCGCUAUAUAAAUUAGCUCCACCAGACCUAGCCAUCACAAGACAUUUCAAUGUUGAAUACGAAGAUCCCGCUUUGAUUGAAAGCUACGAUAGAACUGACUAUUUCAGAGGUGAAACAAUUAGGAGGGGAAAUAGGCCAUUAGUAUCAUCACCCACUAGAAUUGAGAGGCCGAAUUUGCCACCUUUAAACCUCCAGCCGAGGACACUACGCUGCGCACCCCAUUCUCGUCGUGUUAGUGAUGCAAAUAAUCCGGAAAAAUCGGCCAUCUGAACCGAGAAUGGCGCGGUAUUUUCCGUCGCCGAUUCCACAGAUAUCGACUAUGAGUGGCCGAUUAAUGAAUCCAAUGUCGAUCGACUUGUCUAAAUCUAAUAGAUCUGCUUCGGUCAAUAGUCAUUUUUUAAAAGCAAUAGUGACAAAAAGGGACUAUUUUUAGUUUAUUUGCUCUUUUGUUUGAAGCUAAAGUCUAGUCAUAUAUUUAUAGCACAGACUUUUUGAUUACACUUAUUUAAGUAAAGCAAUAGCAAAUAAUAUAUAUAAAGGUAAACUUAACUAAUAAAAUGAUGUAAUACAUAUAGGUUAUUUAUGCUUUGAAUUUAUCAAAUAAUUGUAGAUGAAAAUAAGUGGCAUUUAAUUUCUUGUACAUAAUUAAACUUAAUUUAUAAAUGUGCAAUGUAAAUGCUAAAUGUUGAUAUGUAGAACUAAGUUAUAAUAUUAUCCAAAUCACUGACACCUUUCUAGUCAAUUUAAGUUAAUAAUUUGUUUUUUGGACUUUUUUCAUUAUCUUCACUAAGAAUAACAAUAUAUAUUUUUCUUUACUGUUUUAUAACUAGGUUAACCACUGGAUGAAUCUGAGAUGCUAUAGUAAAUACUUUUAAAUCUAGUCCAUAAUAAUUUUGUACUAAUACAUAAAUAAAGUAUUUGAUCUAAUUUAA